AUGGUCGUCGAACAGGAAGCUGCUGCGUCCGAUGCCGAAGCAAGUCCAGGUGCCAGACAGGAUUCGCCAUAUCAAUUCUGGAGCCACGACAAAGUUCCGACUAGCAGUGAUGAGGAGUUCAAGCGCCUGAUAUUUCAGGAUGGCGAAGACCAGAUAGAUCCAAGGAAACCAGUCGAGCUCCAGAGCAUCAGCUCGGGGGAGGACAGCACCACAGACCAAUGGACUAACAUGCCAAAGGCCCCCUCAGAGGCUCGGCCACCUGGACCACCUGAUGAUGACACGCAUAUCACGGGAUCCGUUGCAGCUAUAAUCAACCUAUUUACCAAUGGCAAAGCCGGCAAGAUCUACGGUAAAGGAGGUCUCUGGCACGAGCAUGCUCUCGAAGCGAGUCGGAGUGGCCCAGACGGGAUGGUCCACGGAAACCUGGAGAUAGUCGUGGCCUAUAAGCUAAUACCUCUCCCGGACGGCGAAGUCGACUGGAGGAACUUCUUGGUGCCCGCACGAGAUGCGGAUGUCAAUCGGAUCCUGCGCGAAGAAACAGAGCAUCUCUGGGAGAACUCCACAGGGAUUUCAUCCCUGUGUUCGCUGGGUCUGACCUUCCUCGAACCGGUGGAAAUGCUGGUGGAGUACAUGGAUUUCUGUAAAGAAUCUGACGACAACGGAAGAGAAGCCGAGAUGCAGAUUCGUCGCAUCUUUAAGGAUGUCUGGGUUCCAUGGUUUCAUGAGCUCGAUAGAUUAGACAAGCGUGCGAGCUUUUCUUGGCCACACGGCACAGACGAGGGUGUUGAGACAUACAGGCUUGCGGACCAUUUCUGGAUUUGGAAAACACUGAAAGUGCUCGACGAUCUGGGAGUAUUUGACCAUCAGCUCGCUACGAAAUUCAGGGAAGCCGAACAGCUCAUCUGGAAAGGUGAAGAACACAACUGGAUGCUCCAACUCUAUACCACCAAUGCACAUGGUCUCCUUUUUGAGAGAUUCUACGAACAAUUCGGGAAGACUGUCAAGCGACUGAACCCAGGUGAUGUGCAGCGAGGAGUAUUACAACUUUUCACGACAGAGAAUGAUGUCUCACGGAAGAGGAUGCUUGCCGUGGCUCGCUCGCCAAGAGAAACACGGUUCUUUUUCCACGCUCGCGAUACUGCACUCUUCUAUGGCCAAGACUGCAGCUUCUUCUUGCCCGGGAGCAACUUUCAGGAGUUCUGGACCAACACUAUCAAGGCGCAAAUUUACCACAACGAAAGUGAAGACACCGGCUGGAGUAAUGCAAUCCGAUAUGCACUAGGGAUCAUGGCCGGGUGCCGCCAUUUGACGCUCAACAAGAGAACCCCUGAAGACUUGGUGAGGAACAGUGUCGAGGUCUUGCUCUGCAGCACUAGUCACAACGGGUUCUUUCCAGGCCAACUGCACGAGGCGACCAAAAAGUCGAGGCUCUUCAGUAAUGGGGAAGAAUGGGUCCUUUACUACCAUGCAGGCUUUGAAAUCAACUACAUCCUCCUCACCCACGCAAGAGCCAUCGAUAGAUGCCAUGAAAAGAGCACAACAGCUCCUUCAAGGCCACUCAACGAUGCUUCACCGAUUUCCUCCAGAGACAAAGAAGACGGUCCAAGCCCAGCCCCACCGUCUGAGAGCAUUCAUGUUCCGAUCUGGGCUACAAUGAACCCAAAAGUUGAGAAGCUCGAGAAUGGCCAUCUGGUUUACCAGGACAAUCCAAUAGUCGGGCAACUUAACCCUGAUCGACAUUCCGACGGCCAACAGACUUUGACCAUGAAAAAGUUCAUACCAUUCAACAGUCUGAUUGAUGCGACCAGCAUCAUUACCAUUGAGGACGAGUGGCUCUACCCUUAUCCACACUUUCUCUCUCAAGCCAGGAGCGACGUUACCGGUCUGAUAAAUCGGCUGCUUGCUCUGCCCUAUCCCAGCAAAAAUGGCCAAGCCAACAAGUUGAUCUCAGCCACCACCAGUCAGCCCAGUACGGAUGUUUUAGGAACUGUCAUCAGGCAGGGACUUGAGAGCUACCAUGAUACGAAGCGAACGUUUUCCAUAAGCGGUCCCAAAUCUUUCGAUCCACUAACAUUCAUUGUCGACAUGCAGAAGCAGAAGCAUCUUGGAAAAGGAGAAAGGGAGCAUUUAGGGAAGAGUGCAAACAAUGCUUUCAAUUUGAACAAUGUCACACUGCUGUCGAAGCUCACAUCUCCACGAACAGCUGAGCAGGCAAAAAAACGGUUCAUAUGGCUCCCCCAUGCCAACGCCGAGACGGCGCUGCUUUGUUGGGCCGCCACUCCUGAGCGGGAAAGGGCUGCGGUUUCACUAUUCUUUGACCGCCAUUCGACUUAUGAGAAGCACAUCUGGGACGAUACGACAAUGGUGCUGAAUAUCUGGCAGACUGAGCUUCACCUUAGCUUUUAUGAGUUGGUCGAUGCCUCGACGCCUCACUGGAUCGGCCUGCCUCCUCUGGCAGAUGAUGCUUUCCCAGGAGGGUCGGGACAACAGAUACGCCGUGCUUCCAUGGGUUUUCGCUUUGAUGGUGACUUUUUCGAUCGAUACUGGACAUGUUAUUACAUUGAACAUGUUCCCAGCAAGCGGCACCAGUCAAGUUGGCGAUUCCCAUUCGACUCAUCCGGCACAGAUCUAGAAAAGCAAUGGUGGCAGCGAAAGGUUCUCGAACUAUUCCUUCUGGGUGACAUACUUCAGGAGAUUACGAAAAGCGCCGUGAAAUUCCAAUUCCACGUAAGGAGGGAACUUGGUUUGGGGGGUAGCAGUCUCUCAUUCUCUAUCCUUGACAGCGAAGCAUAUUCUUCAUCGGAAGAUAACUGGCACAAGUUCGAACAAAUACUCCACACUGUGGAAGAGGACCUGAUGUCAAUUCUGAACACUCUUCAGAAGUGGACAACCAGGGAACAAGAUCGCGGCCAAGAACAGCCUCGCUGGACACGCAACGACGAGAGAAAGUAUCGCAGUGCAAUCAACAAGUAUCGAGGCUCGACAGAACAGCACAUAAGAGAUUUGGUGAUCCAAAAAGAUAUGAUUGGUAAGCUCAAGGACUACCUCGCUACAAGCAGGCAGAAGAUCCGCGACGACCGUGAGCUCCGCCGGAACGAGAAUAUCCGGUACUUCACGUACGUUACGGUCAUCUUCCUGCCCCUCGGUUUUGCUGCGAGCUUCUACAGCAUGAACGGCACGCCGGAGAACGAGCUGCUCACCUCCCUUAUCAAGUUUGCUGCCGGCGCCCUCGCUGUCACGGUCGGCUUGCUGGCCAGUGCCAAGACGCUCUUCUUGGCCGUCGAUGUUCUGGUUGUCCCACUGCGGCGCAUUAGGUCCAAGGCAGGCUUGGCGAUUGAGAAAUUCUCGCGGUCCACUAUGUAA